UUGUUCUAGACCCUGGAGUCCAGUCCUUAGCCCUGGUCCUGACUACCUCUUUGCUGGAUUCAACUUUCCUGGAUUUUUCUCUCUAUCAUUCAUUCACUUCAGGACAUUUAAAUUUGUCAUUUUUCAUUUGGCUGCUGACUGGGCACACCUCAGUCAGAAGAGUAUAGCAAAAACUGACUUAGGCAUCCAUCAUGGCUUUACCUUUCUACCAAAAACACCAUCAACAUUAUGACCGCUCAUAUCGUCACAAAGAGCUGCAAUCUGCUUUAAGUCAGUACCAAAAGGAGGAGAAGCGUAAAUCUGCAGCCUAUGCUCAUGGGUCUGCAGCAUAUCGUCACAGUUCUGCAGCAGACUAUAGUCAUGCCACCAUAGCAGACUACAGUCAUGAAUCUGCAGCCUAUGCUCAUGGAUCUGAAGCCUACAGUUAUGGAUCUCUCGCCUAUGAUCAUGAAUCUGCAGCUCAGAGUAAGAGGUCAGCAGCCUACAGCCUUGGAUCUGAAGCCCUCGGCAGGAGGUCAGCUGCCUACAGCCUUGGAUCUGAAGCCCUCAGCAAAACUUCAGCUGCCUACAGCCGUGGAUCUGAAGCCCUCAGUAAGAGGAUGGCUGCCUACAGCCUUGGAUCUGAAGCCCUUAGUAAGAGAUCAGCUGCCUCCAGCCUUGGAUCUGAAGCCUACAGUCUCGGACUAAAAGAGUCUAAUAUAAUGAUAGAAGAUCAAUCCUAUAAGUUGAGUCCCAAAGCAAAGAGGGCCAAGCAGAGUUUACUCUUAGAAGACAAAGAAAAUAAAGGCAUUGACUACGUAGUACCUGUGUUCACAGGGCGUGAUGUGUAUGCCAGUGGAAUUACAGAUACAGAAGAGGAAAGGAUCAAGGAAAGUGCUGCAUACAUUGCCAGAAGGAACCUUUUUGCUACAGGAGAAGGAGUUAGUGUGAGCAGCAGAGUGGCUGCUUCAUCUGCAGAAGAGCAGCAUGAGAAGAAAUCAAGGAAAGUAGCAAUACGAGAGUCAGCUGAACGUUUGGCCCUAAGGAAAACGAUAGAAGAGACUCAGGAAUUUCACCGAAAGUUGAAUGAAGAUAAACUUUUACAUGCUCCUGAGUUUGUUAUCAAGCCUCGGUCCCAUACUGUCUGGGAAAAACAGAACGUUAAAUUACAUUGCACUGUGACUGGCUGGCCAGAACCCCGUGUUACAUGGUACAAAAACAAUGUGCCCAUCAACGUACAUACUAACCCGGGCAAGUAUGUCAUUGAAAGUCGAUAUGGGCUACACUCACUGGAGAUUAGCACAUGUGAAUUUGAAGACACUGCUCAGUAUCGUGCUUCUGCUAUGAAUGUUAAAGGAGAACUUUCAGCAUAUGCAUCCAUCGUGGUAAAGAGAUAUAAGGGAGAAAUUGAUGACACCUUUUUUCAUGCUGGAAUUGUCACCAUGCCUCUCAGCUUUGGCAUUACCCCACAUGGCUAUGCUUCAAGGUUUGAAAUCCAUUUUGUUGACAAAUUUGAGGUAACCUUUGGGAGAGAAGGAGAGACGAUGAGUCUGGGUUGCACGGUUAUCAUUCAUCCUGAGAUUAAACGCUUCCAGCCAGAGAUCCAGUGGUACAGGAAUGGAGUUCUUAUUACACCCUCCAAAUGGGUCAAUAUGCAUUGGAGUGGGGAACGAGCUACGAUAACCCUUACACACGCAAACAAGGAAGAUGAAGGUCUUUAUACUCUACGUGUCGUGAUGGGAGACUACUAUGAACAGUACAGCAGUUAUGUCUUUGUUCGAGAUACAGAUGCUGAAAUUGCAGGAGCUCCUGGUUCACCCCUGGAUGUUCAAUGCUUAGAUGCUAACAAAGAUUAUGUCAUCAUCUCCUGGAAACAACCAGCUGUUGAUGGAGGAAGCCACAUCCUUGGAUAUUUCAUUGAUAAAUGUGAGGUUGGUACCACCAACUGGACCCAAUGCAAUGACACUCCAGUGAAGUUUGCUCGUUUCCCCGUCACGGGUUUGAUAGAAGGUCGCUCAUACAUAUUCCGAGUCCGAGCUGUGAAUAAUGCUGGAAUAAGCAUACCAUCCCGAGUUUCUGAUCCGGUGGCAGCUCUGGAUCCUGCUGACAGAGCCAGACUUAGAAGUCAUCCUUCUGCCCCCUGGACUGGACAGAUUAUUGUUACUGAGGAAGAACCAACAGAGGGUGUUGUUCCUGGGCCACCUUCAAACCUCCAAGUUAUUGAAGCUACUAAAAACUAUGUGGUGCUCAGCUGGAAACCUCCUGGAGAGCGAGGCCAUGAGGGUGUCAUGUAUUUUGUGGAAAAGUGUAUUGCAGGCACCGAGAACUGGCAGAGAGUGAACACUGAGAUCCCUGUAAAAUCUCCUCGUUUUGCUGUUUUUGAUUUGGCUGAGGGGAAAUCUUAUCAUUUCCGUGUUCGCUGUUGUAAUUCAGCUGGCAUUGGUGAGCCCUGUGAAGCAACAGAAUCAACUGUGGUGGGUGAUAAACUUGAUAUUCCAAAAGCUCCUGGCCGUAUUAUACCAACCAGGAAUACAGACACCUCAGUCGUUGUCACUUGGACAGAACCCCAAGAUGCAAAGGAGUUGGUUGGGUAUUACAUAGAAGCAAGCAUAGUUGGAUCUGGUCAUUGGGAACCAUGCAACAACAAUCCAGUGAAAGGCACAAGAUUUAUUUGCCAUGGACUCCUGACUGAUGAAAACUAUGUUUUCAGAGUCAGAGCUGUUAAUGCAGCUGGACUCAGUGAAUUUUCACGGGAAUCAGAGGCUAUUCAAGUGAAAGCAGCCAUUGGGGGAGGAUUGCUUCAUGCUGCCCCAUCACCACCUUAUGACAUCAGUGUAUUGGAGAGUGUUCGUGAUUCCAUGGUGCUAGGAUGGAAGCAGCCUAAAGUCAUUGGCGGGGCUGAAAUUACAGGCUACUAUGUGGACUAUCGUGAAGUGAUUGAUGGAAUUCCUGGGAAAUGGAAAGAGGCUAACGUUAAACCUAUCAGUGAGAGGGCAUAUAGGAUUACCAGUUUGAAGGAAAACAUGAUAUACCAGUUCCAAGUGGCUGCUACUAAUGUGGCUGGAGUCGGGAUUCCUUCCCCACCUAGCCGUUCCUUCAAAUGUGAAGAAUGGAGCAUUGCUGUUCCAGGACCACCCCAUGAUCUCUUCUGCACUGAAGUUAGGAAAGAUUCUUUGGUUUUACUUUGGAAAGAGCCAGUUUAUACUGGUCGUAGCCCUGUAUCUGGUUACUAUGUUGAUGUGAAAGAAACUGAAGCAACAGAUGAACAUUGGAAAAGCGCCAAUGAGAAAACAAUUACAAAAAGAUUCUUGAAGAUCACCGGCUUAAAGGAAGGUGUCAGCUAUGUAUUCCGUGUGCGGGCAACAAACCAGGCAGGCGUUGGGAAACCAUCUGAUCUCACUGACCCAGUCAUAGCUCAAACGCAGCCAGGAACUAAAGAAGUGGUGGCGGAAGUAGAUGAUAAUGGAGUCAUUUCCCUCAACUUUGAAUGUGAUCAGAUGUCUCCAGACUCUAAGUUCAUCUGGUCCAAGAAUUAUGAACCAAUUGAAGAUGACUCUCGAUUAGACGUUGACACUAAGGGUGGAAAGUCGAAAGCUGUCUUUAAAGAUCUUGGAGAAAAUGAUUUGGGCAUUUAUUCUUGUAUUGUCACGGACACUGAUGGAGUUUCAUCAAGCUACACAAUGGAUGAGGAAGAAAUGAAGAGGCUACUUGCACUCAGCCAUGAACACAAAUUCCCAACUAUCCCACUUACGUCUGAGUUGGCAGUUGAAAUUAUGGAGAAAGGACAAGUGAGAUUCUGGUUGCAGGCUGAAAAGUUGUCUGGCAAUGCAAAGGUCAACUUUGUAUUUAACGACAAAGAAAUUUUUAAUGGAGAGAAAUAUAAAAUGAAUGUAGAUCAGAAGACUGGUCUGGUUGAAAUGAUCAUGGAAAAACUUGAUGCCAAGGAUGAAGGGACCUAUACCUUCCAACUUCAAGAUGGAAAAGCAACCAACCAAUCCAGCCUUGUGCUAAUUGGUGAUGUUUUUAAGAAACUACAGGAUGAAGCAGACUUCCAGAGGCGGGAAUGGUACAGGAAACAAGGUCCCCAUUUUGUUGAGUAUCUGGGAUGGGAAGUUACCAGUGACUGCAAUGUGUUAUUGAAAUGUAAGGUGGCUAACAUUAAGAAGGAAACACACAUCGUUUGGUACAAAGAUGACAGGGAAAUAAUGGUGGAUGAGGAACAUGACUUUAAAGAUGGUGUAUGUACUCUUCUGAUAUCAGAGUUCUCCAAGAAAGAUGCUGGGAUUUAUGAAGUCAUACUGAAGGAUGACAGAGGAAAGGACAGAAGCGAGCUUAAGCUGCUGGAUGCAGCUUUUGCAGAUCUGAUGAAUGAAGUAUGCAGAAUAAUUGCUUUAUCUGCAACAGAACUAAAAAUCCAGAGCACAGAAGAGGGUAUCAGAUUAUACUCCUUUGUUAGUCAUUAUGUAGAAGAUCUGAGGGUGAGCUGGUCACACAAUGAUGCCAAGAUUAAAUAUACAGACAGAGUUAAGACUGGUGUCACUGGGGAGCAGAUCUGGUUACAGAUCAAUGAGCCAACUCCACAUGACAAGGGCAAAUAUACAAUGGAGAUUUUUGAUGGUAAAAAGGCACACACGAAGAUGGUGGAUCUUUCUGGACAAGCAUUUGAUGAAGCCUAUGCUGAAUUCCAGAGGUUAAAGCAAGCUGCCAUUGCAGAGAAAAAUCGUGCCCGGGUACUUGGAGGUUUGCCCGAUGUUGUCACCAUCCAGGAGGGCAAGGCGCUUAAUCUUACUUGUAAUGUCUGGGGAGAUCCCGCCCCAGAGAUCACAUGGCUGAAGAACGAGAGAACAUUCACAGCAGAUGACCAUUGCAUCCUGAAAUAUGAAUCUGGAAAAUGUGCCAGUUUCACCAUUACUGCUGUCAGCACAGUCGACUCUGGAAAAUAUGCCCUUCUGGUGAAAAAUAAAUAUGGCACAGAGACAAGUGAUUUUACUGUGAUUGUCACUCCUGUGUCAGGACAGACCAGCAUGCCUGUGCAUGUCUCUGAUGCACAGGGACAGAAUAAAAAUAAAGUGUCUUUAACUAAAAAGAAAAAAACAAAUACUCCAAGCAAUCAUCAGAAAGAAAAGACGAGAGAAGAUUUUGUUAAGCCACAUGUAGAAGAGAUUAUUGCCACAGAAGAGACACCUGAUCCAAAUGAAAUCCCAAUUGUAGAAGAGGAGGAUGAUGCAGAAGGCAACAAGCAAGCAGUAAGGGUGAAUGAUAUGCAAUCUGCAGCAGCAAAAAUAGUUCUUUAUCCCACAGAAAGCCUCGAGAGACAGGAAGAAAAAUCAGUAGAAACAAAUGGCUGAGUGAAACUGUACUGUCAUGUAUGUAUAAUGAUCAAUAUUGAGCUUGCAAUGAACUCUAAGAGAAUUGCAGUAUAUCCAUAUUUUAAAAGACACCCAUUGAUUUUUCUUAUUACCUUUAUCAUAGCUUCACAACGUAGACUAGUUUUUGUUUAUACUGUGUGUUCACAUUUUAAUGUCAUGUAUGAAUUGCAUUGUGGUUGCUUCUAAGUAUAUUUUACAGAGUAAUGGAGCAAUUAUCCAUGUAUUGAUAAAGUGAUUCAAUACAGUGUAAAAAAUCACUGAAAUGAGUAGAAGGCAUAACAAUAUAGUCUGUCAAUAAACAACAAGUUUAUGACCCUAUAAAAAAAAAUAUUGACCUGGUAUAGAGUGCUGCAAAUGUAUGGUAAUCAUGAAGCUUAAAAGCAGAGAGUCUUUACUAAUUGACAUCUAGAGGCCUCACAUACAGCCACCCAAAUGUAAUGUUGGCUGUACCUUUUACCAUUACCACCAAGAGCACAGACAGAAGUGUAACUCCUGGGUCUAACGCAAGGUGACUUCUAUGAAUCACCAAUUUGGAGCUGAUCCAGGGAGAGAAGCUGUGCCUUCCCUAGUCUCUGCUCACCUACUAACCUCCCUCCCCCCCACCCCAGAGUGGUAGGGUGGGUAGAUUGGAGCUCCAAUCCCCACCCCACUCUAGCAGGGCUGAGAACCCCAGAAGGGACCUCCCUCCCCUGCCUUCUCCCCCUUCCAUCCAGGGACAGCAGCCGCAGUUCACUGUGCUGCUGCUGAAGCAGACAGAAAUUAGUUAAGUCAUUCCACUUAGGAGUGACUUCAUUUAAACCCUCAUACAAUGGGGAUUACUAUGUCUCACAAUCAGAGGGCUCUGUAGCCGUGCUCUUCUGUUUCAGCGCGGCUUUAAAGUGAUCUUAACAGGCCAAUCACACAACAAAAGUCAUUUCUGUCUGUGCCCCAAAUGACUCUAUCCUUAAGGGGCUGUUGUAGUCAUAGAUAAGGCCUCAGGACCUUCUCCCCAGAAACAUGGUAGCAGCACCCUGAGAGUAGAAGUACCUGGGUUUCACUCACUCAUACCCACCUGCAGCUUAGAACUGAUUGAGCUUUAUCAUUUUUCAUCACCACCAUUAAAUUUUUCAUUCACUGUCAUCUUCCCCUACUCCUACCCACCAAGUCUUGGCCAGGGCGUUGUGGACUCUAUAAAAAAAAAACCUAACAUUUCAAGUGUGCCAUGUUUAGGGACAAUUAAAGUACAUUUUUAGUCUGGUACUGCUAAUAAUUUUCUGAUAAAUAAGAUAGAAGUUUCAGACAAACUAGAACUUAAACAAUUUAGAACUGAAUGGAAGACAGCAAAUUGCCUGAAGAUUCAAAAUAGCACAGAGCAAAAUGUUUAUCGUUAAGCAAGAAAUUCAGAAGAAUCCACGCCCCACCCCCCAAAAAGUCCAUACACAUCUAAGCCUAAUCUCCUCCUAACACUGCUCCUAUCAGACCAAGCUACUGUUUGACACAAGGCUAGAUUUACUACUGCAUUAUUCCUGUAUUACACAAAAGUCACUCCAUUGAAAUCAAUGGGAAAUGGAAACAGCAAUGGUGAAUCAGCCUAACAAAUACAACCUGUAAUUUUACAACAGGUUUCACAGAGAAACACAGGAGUGAUUUGUCUCUAUAAGAAUUGGUUUUAGUGGUAACCCAAAUAAUAUAUAUACUGGUAGACAUGUAUUAGUGCUUGAGUGUAGCAGGAAAUGAUUAAUACUCUACAGGAGAAAUGAUGACUACAUCACUUAGUGAGAAAGCAGCAGUUUGAGAAACGCUGUCCUUUCAAAAUAUCACUAAUAUACGGAAGUUGGCAUCUGCUGCCUGCUUUGUAUGCUUCUUAACCAUUUCUUUGUCAUAGCAGUUGCUUGAAUCCUGCAAACCCCUUGUAAAAAUCAAUCAUCUUCUAUAGCUCCUCUACAAGGAAAUUAGUUUUAUAGAACAUGGACACCUGUAUUGUUAUAUAAAUGAUAUAAUGCAGGGUUUUGCCAUUGAGUGGUGGAUUGAGCUCCUACUCAAUUGGCAUUAAUAGACAUCUUUUAAUGGACUUUAAUGGGACUUUAAACCAGGGUCUGAAAGAACCAAUCUGAAAGAACAUUCUAAAAUGCUCACAAAACUUCACAUUUAGGAACCAGUUCUGCUCCCACUAGGGUCUGUAACAGAACUCUGCUGGAAAAGAACUGGGGCUGCAGGUAUUGUAAAAAAAAAAAAAUUAAUAGAUUUUUGCUUCUGUUAUCAUCAAAACUUGUGGAAAGAAUUUUAUAUCAGUGAACUUACAUUAGAGUAUUGCUUAGUUUGUUUUUUCAGUUUAUUGUCUUAAAGAACUGGAAACCAACAUAUUUGUUCUGUUAGGAACUGCUCACUAGCCGCUCAAGUGUUAUUACAUAAAGUAAACAAAAUACAAACAGUUAGUGCAUGGUAACUAAGUAAAGCCUUUAAAAUUCUAAUUUUAAUUAUAUAAGUUAGUGUCAUUCACAAGUGCAUGAAAAAAUACUUUUAACAAUACUGUAAUAAAAGAACUGCUGAGUGUUGUCAUUUAACAAUAAAAUUGAAUAAAAAGUUUUCUUGGACCCUAA